AUGAAUUUCGAAAUUUCUAUACAAGAUUUGAUUCGAGUAGUUGGGAUAUUCGCAUCAAUCUACGUAUUGAAAUGCGUUUAUGACAUUAUAUACAUUGCAUAUUUUGGUCCGCUCAGUAAGAUUCCAGGACCUAAAGUCUCUCAUUUAACGAAAUUUUAUAUUGGAGUGAAGCAAAUUAACGGACAAAGAUGGAAAUGGCUACAAAAUGAAAUUGUUCCAAAAUACGGAAAGAUAGUUCGUGUUUCUCCGGAAAUAGUAUUAUUCUCUGACAAGGAUAUCGUUAAACAGGAAUUGCCAAAAAAUAGAAAUUAUGAACGUUUGCGCACCGACGAGAAAUAUUCAACCUUAUUCACAGCCAGAGAUAAAGAAAUUCAUAAACGAAGGAGACGUGUCCUAUCACCCGCAUUUUCAAUAAAGCACCUGUCAUCUUUAGAACCGUUUAUGCACACUUGUACUAAUGAUUUAAUUGCAAAAAUUGAUGGUGAAAUUUCUAAGGGUGGUGGCAAGGCUGUCAUAAAUAUUUAUUUGUUGAUUCAAUAUAAUGCAUUGGACGUUAUUGGGGAGACAGCUUUUGGAGGAUCAUUCAAGUUGGUAACAAAUGGAAAUCAUCCUAUGCCAUCUAAAGUGUUUAGUGAACUAAGACGGAGAGUUAUGAGAAGUCUAUUUCCAUUUCUCAAACCAUUCUUGAAGCAGGAUCCUUAUAUUAUUGAUUUCAUCAACAAAAUAAUAAAACAACGUCGCCAAGAAUCAUCGCAUAAAAAGGAUUUGUUACAAAUGAUGUUGGAUACUAAAGAAGAUGGUUUAACAGAUUUUGAAAUAUACGAUCAAAGUAUCGAAUUCCUAAUUGCGGGUAGCGACACAACAAGCUUUACAGCAACGAUGAUAAUAAUAAUGUUAGUCAAACAUCCUGAAGCAUUGGAGAAAUUAGUUAAAGAAAUCGACGAAGCUUUAGCAGGAAUUGGUAGUGAAGGGCCAACUCAUGACCAAAUAAAACAUUUACCUUACUUAAAUGGAGUUAUUAAUGAAGGACUUAGGCUCUUCCCUACUAGUAGAGGCCCAGGUAAAGAAGCAACAGAAGAUUUAGUUCUUGGUGGAUAUUUCAUUCCGAAAGGGACAUUAGUGAUAGCAAACACAUUGGGGCUUCAUUUAUCGAAAGAAUAUUGGGGUGAAAAUGCCAAAGAAUUCGUACCAGAAAGAUGGUUGGAACCCGAAAAAUUGACGCCUGAUUGUUUUAUUCCAUUUUCAGCUGGAGCUCGAAAUUGCAUUGGACUCAAUUUUGCAUGGAUGGAACUUAGGCUCACAAUAGCCACUUUACUAUAUCGCUACAAUUUUAAAGACAUUGAAAAUCAAGAAAUAGAAUUAUUACAAUUCAUUACACCAAGUUUGAAGUCUAAGGAAUAUAAUGUCGUCGUCUCUAUGCGAAACUAA